AUGAGGGAGAGUAAAACAUACUCCUUUGUUUGUAAAUUGGCGGGCUUUUCAAAUUGUGAAAAGACGGUUGAUGAUUUGGCGCCGUGUUGUGACAAUGUCGGGAAGAGGAAAGACAAAGGUCGCUCCAAGGCGAAGUCUCGAUCGUCCCGGGCUGGCCUGCAGUUCCCGGUGGGCCGUGUUCACAGGCUCCUGAGAAAGGGUAACUAUGCUGAGCGUGUGGGUGCCGGAGCGCCGGUCUAUCUGGCUGCGGUGCUGGAGUAUCUGACGGCUGAAAUCCUGGAGCUGGCCGGCAACGCGGCCCGGGACAACAAGAAGACCCGCAUCAUCCCCAGGCACCUGCAGCUGGCCGUGCGCAACGACGAGGAGCUCAACAAGCUGCUGGGAGGGGUGACCAUCGCUCAGGGCGGGGUGCUGCCUAAUAUCCAGGCCGUGCUGCUGCCCAAGAAAACCGCCACUAAAAAGUGAACAUUCUUCUGACAACCCAAAGGCUCUUCUAAGAACCACUCACAGCAUCUGUGAGAGGAACUAAUCUUUCUGUCGGAUUGUUUAUUUUCUUUUUAACGUGGAGAGCCCUCGUCUCAUAAUAAGCCCGUCAUA